UCACCGAAACUAGUCGUGAUGAAACUCCUGGUACUUUCUGUGCUUUUGUGCGCGUUGGUGGCUACCAGCACGGCCCAGUCAGGCGCUAAAUCUCAGAUGCAGAACGCUCUCGGAAACAUGCUGGGGAUCGUGCGGGAAAUGUCCCUCGCAAACAAGGGACUCAUCAACAGCGCGGACGAUCAAAAUGCCUUAAAUACGGCCUAUACGUCAUUGGACGAUCUGUAUCAACAGUUCUCCUCAUACGGAAGUGAAAACACCUCCACGUUACCCAUUCCAACCCGUACCAGGUUGAACAAUGCGUUCGCCCCUUUCCAGAACGCUAUCGCUGGGUGGGAAAAUGCUCUGGACACGCGCACACCUGAUGGUCUUACCACUGCGUUCAGAAAUAUCGAAAAUACAUUUUUGGGCUUAGCUGGAGUUGUGAUAUCAUUGUAA